AUGGCGCGACUCAACGAGGCCCCGCCGCCGCAGGAAACCGUCGAUCAGCUCAAGCGCCGCUUCAUCAGGCAAAACCGCGAGCUCGCAAAGAACAACUCCGCACAAUCCGUCCGCAUCCGCGCCCUAGAAAACGAGCAAGCCCGGAUCCUCGCCGAAAACCUCUCCCUGCGAGAGCAGAUCAUCAACUUGCAGACAGAGCUCGAACAAAUAAGAGGCCCCAAUGCUCUUCAGCAGAUCAGCUCUGUCAAAGAUCAGCUUGAGUCCAAGCUCCUUGAGAUAGGUAGCUUGGUUGCUGAGCUGAGUUCGAUCAACAAGCCCUCGCAUAAGGCCCGACAGUCGGAUGCGGGCCCUUCGCGAGCGGUGGAACACUUUGAAUGGAGGCGCGCAAUGAAGGAGCAGGCCGGUGAGCAGGACGACGAUGAAGUUCUGCCCACCAUCAGAGAGGAUAAACACUAUCCUCGUCGCACCCUGGAUGCUGAUGAGCUUCAUGCGGUACUGACGACUACGACCGACGAUUCACCCAACCUAGGCCCACCUCCCGUCGCCCACUUUACCGAGGAGGAUCCCAUCAAGUUUGAUCCCGAGCCAGCAAACGAGGACGCUAACAAUGACAUGGACGUGGACCAAAAGGACGAGGAAGUGCUCCCAGCCACCAUGUCAGUCAAUCUGGAGACAAGGAGGAAACGGAGGGACAGCUCCAAGCUAGACCUGAGGAAAAUGUCCGUUUUCCAGACGCCAGAGGAAGCCAACAAGGAGGACAGCAAUGAUCAAGAGCCGUCAAAAGUGGGAAGGAAACGAAAGCUCAGUGUCACCGCUGAGGAGACCAAUGGAGACGCCGGCGAUAGGGAUUAUCGCGAUGAUUUCAGAUUUAGCCGCAGAGGUGGGGACAGAGAGAACCGCCAGCCUCUUGAGCCUACCUCCAAGCAGAAUUUGAGGCUCGAUAUUCCUAUCACGACUGAUCGUAAGGCGCUGGGAGACAAAACCAACACCUCCCCGAAGAAGGUACAGAGGUCGGAUUCCAAAUCGGAUGCCAAGAAGCUUGAGAUCCCGAAGGAAGCCGCUCGCAACCGUGUGAGGGAGCGAAAGUCCAGAGCUGCAAUGAUUAACGUGGCCCCGAAGGAGACAACCGAAGUAGUUGAAACAGCAGAGAUUGAAAUCGAGGAGCCACAAGAGCAGGAGCAGCCAGAGCUUCCACCCAAGACCCCGGCCGGCCUUGAUCUCGCAUCCCCUACAUCGACAGAGCCUUCAGCAGCUCGUCAAGAGUCGAAGGACACCCCGCCUCCCGGUGACCUCGCCGCUACCAAUUCCGAGACAUCUGCAGCGGGACGCCCGUCGAGGCGCGCUCGUCCUCAAGUCAACUACGCGGAGCCGAGCCUGGUCAGCAAAAUGCGUCGGCCUACCAAGACCCUCGUUGAUGCAGUAGUGGAUAGUCGGCGUUCGUCGGAUGCACACUCUGAGCAAGGCCAAUCUGCGUCUGGCUCAGCGAAUCCGUUGCGAACUAUAGUAAUCAAGCGAGAACGGCAGGAAGAUGCAGGCUCGGCCUGGAAAACACACACUGCGUCAUCAGAGCAAACCGAACCCCACAGCCCACUUAGCAGUAAGACUGCAGCAGCUCAACUCGCAUUUGAAUCGCAAACGAAGGAGCCUGAAGACCAAGGCCUGAAGCAGGCGGAUGACAAGCCGACGUCCACAAAUGCAGGCAAAGACCUCCUAUCUAGGUCAAUCUCUGGAGCAUCGUCUCGUAGAAAGGGAGCCACGGCAAAAAGCUCAUCAACCGACUCGAUCGGUAAGGACCAUCCAGACCUCGCCAUCUUCGACUUCAACAUCACCGAUGGAUCCUCACCGUCCGACGAAAAAGACGUUCUUUCAGCAUCACGCGACCAAAACGUGGAGCAAAUAAUGAAGAGCAGCAGAGCUCUCGCAGCGAAGUCGGCAUCCCGACGUCAUUCGUCCGUGAUGUCCACAUCAACGAAGGAGAGAGGGAGCGUCAAAGAGCUCAUCCGCGGCAGCGGAAGGGAAACCGGAAAGAAGCUCGACACGGCGGAAGAGCAUGAUGGUCUGAUUGAGAUGAGAGUCGAUUUGCUUGUCGGCUCUUACGUGUACGCGAUGAGAAAAUGA